AAUUGUUAAAUUGGAUACAUAUUGAAGUUGCAUUAGUUAAUGAGAUUCAAACAUUUUGAAUUUCCUAAAUUAGAAGCAUGACGUUGGAUUAAUCAUAUUUUAAUAAAUGAUUAUUUUAGGUGUUAGUUGAUGAAAAUUAAUACAUAAAACUCAUAAAAACGAAUUAUACUAAAUUGUGAGGUUUAUUACAAAAUGUUUAAACGAAAAGGUAACACUUUUUGUUUUUUUCCUUUUUCCCCUUUUUUGUUUUUUUUAAUCAAUGUUCUACAAAUGACAACAACCCGCACGGCUCUUCACCUUGCUUCCGCCGCACACUCAACUCUCUGUCCACUCUCCUACCAGACGACGGCGUUUCUGUUCUGCAUUCAGAUCGCUCCUCAUUCUCACUCUUCAGUGCAGUGCAGUGACUGGCAUUUUCGGACUUUGAAUUCCACUUUUAGGCUACUGAAGUUUCAAGCUCCAUGGAGCUGAGAAGGUUCGGAUUCGAGCAAUGCGGUUCCGUUCUACUUCUGGUUUCAGGUUUGUUGUUACUACCUGUUAUGGUGAGUUCAAUUGGAGUGAACUACGGUCAGAUUGCGAACAAUCUUCCUGCUCCGGAGAAUGUAAUUCCGUUGGUGAAAGCGAUUGGAGCUACGAAGGUGAAGCUGUACGAUGCGAGUCCGAAGGUUCUUCGCGCAUUUUCUAAUACGAGCGUGGAGUUCAUAGUCGGACUUGGAAAUGAGUACUUGGCCAAAAUGAAGAAUCCAGCUUGUGCUCAAGAGUGGGUGAAGAAUAAUGUUCAAGCGUACUUGCCUGGCACUAAAAUCACUUCAAUCUUCGUCGGUAAUGAGGUAUUAACCUUCAAUGACACUUCACUCAGUGCUAAUUUACUACCGGCGAUGCAGAGCGUGCACACGGCGCUCGUGAAUCUCGGGCUAGAUAAGCAGGUGGCCGUCACAACGGCGCAUUCUUUGGCUGUACUUGAAACUUCGUAUCCGCCUUCCGCCGGAGUCUUCCGUAGGGAUUUAGUUGAUUGUUUGGUCCCAAUCUUGGACUUCCAUGUCAAGAUCGGCUCCCCGUUCUUGAUCAAUGCGUAUCCUUACUUCGCUUACAAGGCGAAUCCGAAGCAGGUUUCGCUUGAUUUCGUCCUCUUCCAACCGAACCAAGGGAUUUUAGAUCCUGGCUCGAAUCUUCACUACGAAAACAUGCUGUUCGCACAGAUCGACGCGGUUUACUAUGCGCUCGCCGCUGUUGGUUACAAGAAGCUUCCUGUUCACAUCUCGGAGACCGGAUGGCCGUCGAAGGGAGACGAAGAUGAGGCCGGUGCGACUCCGGAGAAUGCAAAGAAGUACAAUGGGAACCUACUCAAGUUCAUCUGUCAGAAGAAGGGGACGCCAUUGAGGCCGAGCUCGGACCUCAAUAUUUAUGUUUUUGCUUUGUUUAAUGAGAAUAUGAAGCCUGGACCAACUUCGGAGAGGAAUUAUGGACUUUUUAAGCCUGAUGGUACGCCGGUGUAUCAGCUUGGAUUUUCCAUUAACGACGCCGUGGGAAACGGGACUCACGGCACUUCCGGAACUUCCGACGUGCAACCUACGCCACCGGGAUUUCCCACUACCUCCAAUGGUUAUUUGUCCAUUUCUUCCGCCAAGGAGAGAAGCCAUUGUCUCGGAUUCUUCUUAGUGUGCCUGUAUCUGAUGCUGUUCAAGUUGCUACUUUGAAUUUAGGAGAUUAUUUGUAUUUUCAGUGUAUGUUUCCUAAAGAUGCUUUGGAUUUAUUUCAUUUAUCAGAAUCAGAAUCGGAAGAUGCUAAAGAGAAUAAGAGGCAGAGUCGGAUUUUGGAAAAGGUAAAUAUUCUGUUUCUUUCCUUGUAUGUCUCUGCCUUUCGUUUUGCUUUUCUUUUGUAUGUGACCAUUACAUAUGUUAUUGGCUUCUGCUUUACUGCAAAAAAGGUGGAAAUUAUGAAUGGAA